AUGAGUUCUUUGAAAUGGAUAGUGAUCAGUGAUGAGUACAACAAAAGCCAAGGCGAUACUAUUAAUGAAGUUGCGACAUCUAAUAUCUAUAUUAAUGUUGAAAAGAAUGCCACUGACUUACUUUCUACUGAGAAUGAAACUGUAAAUCUUAUCUCAAUUUUUGGCCUGGCAAAUGCGCCUUCUAAUAGUUAUAUCAUAAUAACGGGAAAAUCGACGUUCAUGAAUAUCAUGGCUGGUGUGGAUGAUCAUGAUAAUGAGAUUUUCAAGUCUUCUUCUGCUCUAGAGACAGUUACAACAGGUGUUGAUAUUUCCAAGACAUUCUUGCCACUUAGAAAAUUUUCAAAGUUGAACGAUUAUCCAGAAAUUGACAGCAAUUUUUUAGUUGCAUUUAUCGAUACAGAAAGACAAGGCAUUAAGUUGAUUACAUCGCAACUUGACCAGGCAUUUUAA